AUGGUCGAGUCCGUGCUGGGGAUCGACUGUCCCGUGUGUGGGAGGGACCUCACCGUGUGGUCCAUAGAGAUCAGGACCCAGCAUGUGGAGGCGUGCUUGACUCGCCCCCAGCCAGAGACAAAGAAGCGCAAGGUUGCAGCUGGAGCUCCCAAACUGGGAGCCAAGCCAUUUUCCAACGAAAAGGACAAGUACAUCAACUCGACUGUGAUGAAGUCCGAGACCAAAUCGGUCAAAGUAAUAAAACCCCCCACCAAUUUGGGGGUAUCCAGGGCCAAAAAGCCCAUUCCAACCGUGAAAAUAUUGAGUUUUCCUACCCAGAGCUUGUCCAUGUACGACAUUGCAGUUGACGCCUUCUGCUACUCUCCUCAUGACACCAUCUCUCAAUACUUCUUGACCCAUUUCCAUUCAGACCACUAUGGUGGAAUUACCAAAAAAUGGAGCUACGAGAGGGUUUUCAAGCAAGACACAGACUUCGAAAACGAUGCAAAAUAUAAAAAAAUCAUAUAUUGUACCGUGAUUACCGCAAGGCUACUUACGUUACGCUUUAGCGUGGACCCUAGAUUUAUAAAGGCCUUAGAAUUGAACCAGAGGUAUUGCAUAAAGAGAUUUGACACUUGUCCUGAACAAGCAACCAUUAUUGACAAAGAAGGCGCAUAUGAAAGUGUUGACAAUCAUCCUGGACUAUACGUAACUCCUAUAACCGCUAAUCACUGUCCUGGGUCGGCAAUCUUCCUUUUUGAAUCGUUUGGAAUAGAUGGUACCAUACGAAGAACAUUACAUUGUGGUGAUUUCAGAGUGAAUAAGGAUAUUCUUUGUCAUCCAAGCUUACUACCAUUUAGUGUCAAUUCAAAGUCCGAAGAUGCACUACUAUUAGACAAAGUAUACCUUGAUACUACCUACAUGUCACCUUCAUAUAAUUUUCCCAAACAAGAAUUAGUAUGCCAUACCAUAGCAGAUCUUUUUGAAGCAUUAACUACCGAGGAACAAAGCGAGGACUCGUUGUUUUCUAAAUGGUUUGGUAUUCUCAAACAAAGUAGAAUCACUGACUUCUUCUCGAAUAGAAUAGCUCGAAAGAAGAAAAAGUUCCUAAUUUUAGUGGGAACAUAUCUCAUCGGUAAAGAAAGAUUGGCUAUUUCUAUUCUGAAGAGGCUAGGUUGUCCCAUAUACAUCCUGAACAUUAAUAGCAGAAGUGAUAAGUUGGAAAUUUUACAAACUUAUGAUGACGAGUACUUGAAUAAAACAAUCGUCGAUAAUGACCUAGGAUCCGAAGAUAGCGAAUGCGUGAUUCAUUUAGUUCCGAUGAACAUUGUGAAUGCAGUUGGCGAACUUUCGAACUACUUUAAUCAUAACCGCUAUUUUGAGGUUUUCGAGAGAUGUGUGGGUUUGCGACCAACGGGUUGGACUUUUCUGGGGAGAGGGAACGAACAAGAGACAGAGCAGUCAACAAUAGAUGACAGUACUAUUCAGUUUUCUCAGUUGCACAAUAUUUUAAAACAUUGCCCCAAAUAUGAUUACAUGGAGGAUAUCUUGCCUCAGUCCCCGGUAUUGAAAAAGGUCCCUAACAAAAAAGGCAGACCUGACGAAUGCUUGUAUCGUAUUUAUUCGGUCCCUUACAGUGAGCAUUCUUCAUAUCGUGAAUUAGCAUACUUUACCAUCUUUUUUAAUAUUGGCAAAGUUAUUCCGACGGUAAACAUUGGAAAUGAAUGGAGUAUCAAGAAAAUGGAUGAUAUUAUAAGGCGGUGGGAGAUAGCUAGAGAUAUCAGGUUAAAAAGGAUGUCCAAAUUAGAGGAAGUGGAUUUCCAAUUAGUUGAAGCUUUUGAUAAGCUUUCGCUUGAUAACUUUUAA